CUUUCAAGAAAUCAAUUUUGUAGUGAGAGUAAUGGUAAGUUAAUUCUCAGCCCCUGAGCUUGCAGCAGAUAGUACUGAUGUGGAUUUGUGUAUCAUGCUAUGUCAAAAUAGUAAAUUAAGGUCUUGAUUUGGAUUCCACAAAAAGCAAGAAUAAGCAUAUGCUUUUGCCUUCUUGAAUGACGAAUGUUAGCAUUGCUGAUUUUAGUACUAGGAGUAAAAUUCAGCUAUAUGGAUUUAUAGUCUUUUUAAAAUACUGACAAUAUAUUUAAUUAUUUCAGUGAUUUAUAGUUUUCAAUACAAAUUUUGUUCUGCCUGCAUGACAGCUAUUAUAGAUUGAAUUUAACUUCUUGUUUCUCAAUAAUGGUUUCAAAAGGUGCUUUUUAAUGCUGCCAUCAGCCUGUGUAUGACCAUAGUACUUGCUUUUCAAUAUAUUACUUCAAGUUAUCUUCCUUCUUUUCUUUAAUGUGUUCCCCUCUGUAGGAAGGCAAGAACUCUUACUUUUGGUAAGAACAUUUUUAAGAAUUAGUAGAAGUUUAAACAGCCCUUGUUAAUGCUGCCAACUGCUAAAUAGUUUGCAGUGUCAUUGUUCCCUGUCCUAUAUAAGAAAAACAAAUUACUUGGUUCCUUCUUUCUGCCUACUGUUCUCAGUAUAUUUUACAACAUACCUUAUUUGGUGCUCUUGCUCUAAAUAAAUAGUUGGCUGUGUUCAUGCUUGUCAUUAAUGGAGUGAAAUCAAGAUACAAUUCCUUCGUAUCAGCUACAGUGGGGCCAGAACUUAAGCGUAACAAAUUACUCUAGAAAAUACUGUGGUUGCAUGCACUAGCACAUCACCGUAAACAUAAAGCUUGUGAAAAAUCUGUAGCUACUAAGCCUUUGGCAGUUGUAAUUUAUUUUUGUGCCUUUGCUUUUUUAGAGCGGAUGAUGAGAAUAUUUGGUCCAGUAACAGGAGUUUGCCAAGAAAAUCAAGGAGCAAGUUCCUGACAUGGAGAUUCCAGAUGAAGUGGGCAGGAAAGGCAGGAUAUGCCGGGGGUAUGGGGCUAAUUACUGUUUCAUUAGUAAUAAUGAAAUAUAUCUCGGUACUAUUUAACCAUAUAGAAGGGUGAAUACAUGUUAGCAUCUGUUGUUGCCCUACACCAGAAGCUAAUUUAAAAAAAAAAAAAAAAUCCAGGCAGUGGUUUUACGUGUUUGUGCCAUGCUGCUAUAUUGUUGGUUUUGUGCUAAGUAUGAGACACAGAUAGUGAUAUAAGUAGUAGAAGUGGUAACUAAGCCCCAACAAGUGCUGAGGGGUGUUGCAGAGCAGGAAGAGGAGGAUUAGGAGACAAAUUGCUUUUUGAACAGUAUCUGAAAAACUCUUUCUUGCAGGGAGCUUUGAAAUCAAGAAAAAUGGUGAGCUGAUUAUUUUCUGAGACUGAAACUUUAGGCUUUCCCUUUUCAGAUACUGGAACAGCUGCUAAAAUGAAGGAUAAAGGAGACACUGAGAAAAAUUACACAAAGCAUCAAAAAUUCCUUAACUGGGAGAAAAAUGCAAGCUGCUGGCAGUGUACCCUGUAUUCCAAACUAGGAGUGGAUACUUACCAUGACUGUUUUUGUCAAAAGCAAAAGUCAGAGGUGGAAGUAUGACUCCAUUUGUUUGGAAAGCGUGAAGUAUUCCUGCAAGGAACCAAUGGAGGAGAUGAACAGCCAGCACCCAGGGCUCACUGGCCUGAGGAAUCUGGGCAACACGUGCUACAUGAACGCAAUUUUGCAGUGCCUCUGCAGCGUGCCACCGCUUGUGGAGUAUUUCCUCUCAGGAAAGCACAAAGCAGCCCUACACAAGGAGAAUGGCGAAUCUGCGACUGCCUUUGGCUGGUUGAUGUCUGAUAUGUGGCUUGGAGAGUUUGACUGUGUUUCCCCGGAGGUUUUUCAUUCAGUCCUUGGGAAGCGGUACCCAACUUUUAGCAAGAGGAUGCAGCAGGAUGCACAGGAGUUUCUGAUCUGUGUGCUGAAUGAGCUCCACGAGGGUCUCAAGAAGUCAAGCAAAAGAAGGUGCGUAACUGAUGCAAAAGCAAGCAGAGGGAGUGUCAGUGAAACAUCUAUUAUCACACAGUUAUUUGAGGGACAACUCAGUUACGAUAUCAUGUGUCUGGAAUGCAAGACCACCAUUGACAGACCCGAGAGGUUCACUGUUCUUUCCCUGCCCAUCCCUUCCAAAAGCACGUGCUCUCUGCAGGACUGUCUCAAAUGUUUCUUUCAGCAAGACAUACUGACUUGGAACAACCAAAUCCAGUGUUCCUGGUGUGGAACAAAACAAGAUGCUGCAGUAAAGGCCACCAUAACCAAGGCACCGCAGAUCAUUAUUUUCCACCUAAAGAGGUUUGAAUGGCAAGGCAAGCACAAAAGGAAACUCUCAACUGACAUCUGCUAUCCACUCAGCAAUCUGGAUCUCUCUCCCUACAGUUCCCCACUUUUCUGCAAGGAUGCAGAGUACAGCUUGUGUGCUGUAGUGAACCACUCUGGUUUUCUGGAUGAUGGCCACUACACGGCGUUCUGCAAGCACUCAGUCACCAAAAACUGGUACAGCUUCGAUGAUGCACAGAUCACCAAGAUCCCAAAUGCCUCAGUGCAGUCUGACACAGCAUACCUCCUAUUCUACACCUGUCAAGGCCUUCUCUGCACCCAUUAAAAAUCUGCUAGCAAUGGAAAACGAACAGUGAGUAGGCCAGCAAUUAGAAUUCAUUGGCAGCAUUAGCCGAGUCCCAUUUCAUCAAUAAACUAGAGCAUUUGCAC